ACCAUAGAAGAAGAGGAGGAGCAGACAGCUACAGGAAAAGACGAACAUCUUUGGGCUAUCACUAACGUUACUUACCACAGCGGAAAAGUCUAAAUGUGCUAUAUAUAAAUUCUUGAAAAUUAACAUUUGCUUUUUGGUCUUACUUUAAGGUUAGCAGUGUGGUUAAGGUUGGUGUUCGGUUUCAAAUCACAUUUUAAGAAGAUUAAUUGUAGAAAAAGUGUAGAAGUUUAUGACGGUGGCUGAAACGACAUAUUUUUGAGAAAGCUUUACGAGCACUUCCGGUGUCAAAGUUUGUGUUGUGUUGUGUUGUCAAGAUGGCUGGCCAUGAUCAUCAUCGUGACCAUCUGUCUCUGUGCUUAUGUGACUUAAUCAGAUUACUAUGGUCCAUGGUGCUGCCAUGCGUGUAUCUGAGCUUGGUGCUGGCGCUGCUCCUGUUUCUACUCGUCAUGGGUGUCCGAAUAUGGCUGCAGAGGAGUCGGAAAGCCCGCCUGGCUCAGAACAGUUCCCCAACUGUGGCCUUCUUCCACCCCUACUGCAAUGCAGGAGGGGGCGGGGAGCGGGUGCUCUGGUGUGCCCUCAGAGCGCUUCAGAAUAGAUACCCAAACGUUUCAUUCGUUGUGUACACCGGUGACCAUGGGGUGGCAGGGGAGCAGAUCCUCGAGGGCGCCCAACAACGCUUCAACAUCAGGCUUCCUCAUCCAGUGACUUUCAUAUUCCUGAAGAACCGUCUCCUGGUGGAGGCUAGCUCCUACCCCCACUUCACCCUGCUGGGGCAGAGCAUGGGCUCAAUGUUCCUGGGCUGGGAGGCCCUUACUGCCUUUGUACCAGACCUCUAUAUGGACUCCAUGGGCUAUGCCUUCACUCUGCCUAUCUUCCGCUACCUGGGAGGAUGCAGGGUGGGCAGCUAUGUGCACUACCCCACCGUCAGUACUGACAUGCUGUCUGUGGUGAGAGAGAGAAACCCAAGGUUCAACAAUGCAGACUACAUCUCUGCUAACCCUCUUCUUAGUAUGGCCAAGGUGAUGUACUACUGUGCCUUUGCUCUGAUCUACGGCCUAGCAGGCUCCUGCAGCGACGUCAUCAUGGUCAACUCUACCUGGACACUGGGCCACAUCCUGGCCCUGUGGCGCGCACCCAGCCGCACCGGUGUGGUCUACCCUCCCUGUGACGUCCGCUCCUUCCUCAACAUCCCAUUGGAGGAUGAGGUGGAAGGGGAGGGGCUCGAUGACAGGAAGUGCCAUUCGAUAGUGUCCGUGGGUCAGUUCCGACCAGAGAAAGACCACCGGCUGCAGAUUAGGGCCUUCCGGAAGCUUCUGGACAGGAAAGGGGUAGGUCCAGGAGGGCGGGAUUCUCUGAGGCUGGUGUUGAUUGGUGGCUGCCGUAACCAGGAGGAUGAUGAUAGAGUGCUGAUGCUGAGGGGGUUGUGCCAGGAGCUGGGUGUGACAGAAAAAGUUGAGUUUAAACUUAACGUUCCAUUUGAUGAGUUAAAGAGGGAGCUGGUGGACGCCACCAUUGGUCUGCACACCAUGUGGAAUGAGCAUUUUGGCAUAGGUGUGGUAGAAUGUAUGGCUGCAGGGACAGUCAUUCUGGCUCACAAGUCCGGCGGCCCCAAGCUGGACAUUGUGGUUCCCUAUGAGGGCGGGCAGACUGGCUUCCUGGCCGACAGCGAGGACAGCUACGCUACUGCCAUGGAGACCAUCCUGGCACUGUCGCCGUCGGCACGGCUGGAAAUCCGGCGCAAUGCUCGACGGUCUGUAGACCGUUUCUCCGACCAGGAGUUUGACGCCAGCUUCCUGUCUUCCAUGGAAUCUCUGAUGGGAAAGCUGGAGUGAUGAGGGAAAACCAAUCACUCCCCCCUCACAGACUGAAACCCUUCCUCUCUGCUGCACUCACAGGCCUGAUUAGCUGGAAAACUGAUGGUCUAUGAGACCUUUGCUGGCUUUAUUCAUAGGAAUAAGUAAGGAUGCUUGUCUAACUUGCCCUGUCUUGCUAGAGUUCCAGUGAAGGGACUUGCUGGAAAUUCUAUUGAUGUUUACACUCAAAAAGCACUUGGUCCUUAUAUAUCUAGUCCAAUACGGCAGAGGGAUCAAACAUUGUGCUUUUUUUUUUCUCACUGUGAUUUUUUUUCUUGCUCUGUUAUGGGACUAUGGUUCAGAAUUGUAGAUAUUAUACAAACAAUGCUUUAAAAAAAAAAAGGAAAUGUAUUGUUAAUUUGUCUGAAUCUUAAAUGUAAACUUGUUGUAUUUUGUAUAUAAUUUUUAUUUACUCUUUAAAGUCCCUCCAAGCAACAACGAUACCGAAACAUUUUCAAUGCCCAAAUAAUUUACAUCUUGUCAAUGCUUGCUUAUGUUAUACUUUAACCUGUGGCAAGAAUAGAUAGCCCUUGGUCAAAACUUUAACCUGCAGUUUAGAAAAAUGCAAGAUGCGUCUGUACUUAAAAUAAAUAAAUAUAUAUAUAUUUCA